UCUUGACUAGAUUCCAUCUACAUCAAGCUUACGGUGGCUUGCGGGAAUUCUACUUGUUGCUCAGAAACACGUUUCGUGGUCAGCAUUUUACCGAAAGUCAUAUUCGAAACGAUUCGAUAAUUUCUACAACGAAAAUGGCAAACUAUCACAAGCCGGAAUCGAAGAAGAUCCAAGAGUUGAAGGAUAUCGCGACAAAGUUGAGAAUUCAUUCAAUUAACGCUACACAAGCUAGCAAGUCCGGACAUCCGACAUCAUGUUCGUCCAUGGCAGAAAUUAUGUCCGUACUAUUUUUCCAUACGAUGCGUUACAAGGUAUCUGCACCGCGCGAUCCGAACAGCGAUAGAUUUAUAUUGAGCAAAGGUCACGCGGCUCCUAUCCUUUACGCAGCAUGGGCCGAAGCUGGUCUCUUCCCGACGAGCGAGCUGUUGAACUUGAGGAAGCUCGACAGCGACUUGGAAGGACAUCCUACGCCGAGACUUAACUUCAUCGACGUGGGAACUGGUUCCCUCGGACAAGGUCUCUCGGUCGCCGCGGGAAUGGCCUAUGUAGGAAAAUAUUUCGAUAAAGCUAAUUACCGCGUGUACUGCCUGAUCGGCGACGGAGAGUCAGCGGAAGGAUCGAUAUGGGAAGCUCUGCACUUCUCGUCUUACUACAAGUUAGACAAUCUCUGCGCUAUCUUCGACAUCAAUCGUCUCGGUCAGAGCGAACCGACGUCCCUUCAACACAACAUGGAGGUCUACCGCAAGAGGCUCGAAGCUUUCGGUUUCAACGCAUUGGUCGUCGACGGUCACGACAUCGAGGAGUUGGCCAAGGCCUUCCACGAAGCUCAGAGCGUCAAGGGACGUCCGACAGCUAUCUUGGCGAAGACGUUCAAGGGAAAAUAUUUCCCUAACAUCGAAGAUCUCGAGAACUGGCAUGGGAAACCACUGGGCACCAAAGCGAACGAAGUCAUUCAACAUCUGACUGGAAUGUUGAAGAAUUCUGGUCCUCUCGGGCUGCAUCCUCAGAAGCCUUUGGUCGACGAUGUCCCGGCUGUAGAUAUUAGCAAUAUCAAAUUGGCAUCGCCUCCGAGUUACAAACUGGGAGAGCAAGUCGCUACGAGAUUAGCUUACGGCACCGCUUUGGCCAAGUUGGCGAAGAGCAACCCACGCGUCAUUGCUCUGGACGGAGACACGAAGAACUCGACGUUCGCCGACAAGAUCAAGACAGUCGAUCCGUCUAAAUUCAUCGAAUGUUUCAUCGCCGAGCAAAACGUCGUCGGAGUAGCGAUCGGUGCAGCUUGCAGGGACAGAACCGUCGCGUUCGUGUCCGCGUUUGCUACUUUCUUCACUCGUGCCUUUGAUCAGAUUCGUAUGGGCGCUAUUUCGCAAACGAACGUGAAUUUCGUCGGAUCUCAUUGCGGUGUUUCGAUCGGGGAAGACGGUCCGUCACAAAUGGGUCUUGAAGACAUAGCCAUGUUCCGUACGAUUCCGAACUCGACCGUUUUCUACCCGUCCGACGCUGUUGCGACCGAACGUGCCAUCGAAUUGGCAGCCAAUACCAAGGGUAUUUGUUUCGUGCGAACCUCCCGCCCUGCCACAGCAGUUUUGUACAAGAAUGACGAACCGUUCGCCGUUGGCAAGGGCAAAGUCGUCAAAUCUUCUCCGAAAGAUCAAGUUCUCGUGAUCGGAGCUGGAGUAACUUUAUACGAAGCUCUGAAGGCGGCCGACGACUUGGCUAAAGUCGGAGUGUACGUUCGAGUGCUCGAUCCGUUUACGGUGAAACCUCUCGAUGCUCAGCUGGUCGUAAAGAACGCGAAAGAAGUUGGGGGAAAGAUCAUUACCGUCGAAGAUCACUACGCGGAGGGCGGCUUGGGAGACGCGGUUCUCUCGGCAGUCGCUUUAGAAAAAAACAUCAUAGUUAAGAAGUUAGCUGUUACCGAAAUCCCUCGCUCUGGCCCACCCACCAUGUUGUUAGACAAAUACGGAAUCAGUUCGACCAAGGUCGUCGCUGCCGUCCAAGAAGUGUUAAAGUUGUAAAAGUUUAUUCCGAUGGAAAAGAAAAAUAUCGCGUACAGAAUGUACUUCCAUUUUGAACGCUACACGUCUUCGCAAGUACAAAGGAAAACCGGUGCACUUACGGUUGGUUCAGGGCAAACGCGCAAAGGGAAGUAGACAUGGAACAGAUUUUGUAUAAACGUUAUAUUUUUCACUGGAAGAUAUUCAAGUUUUGUACACGGAAAAUUUAAUUUUAUACAAGAAUAUUUGAUACACAUAUUGUUUACAUGUUAAGGUAUACUGUUACCAUGAAAAUACAGUCAAAACGAAUAAAUAAAAUAUAUUUGCAAAAGCGA